GCAAACGAAAGCGAAAUGAACUGGCCUGGCUGAUUUUGUUUCGGUGAUCGUGCGCUAAUUUGAAGUUGAAUUAAUAGAUGUUUUUAGUGAUUAUUGCGGUUUAUUUAUAACAUCAAGUUUAUUUAAUGACAUCAAUAAAUCAGGACAGUUAUAAUUAUUUUAUUUUCUUCAGUUAUUCUUUCAAGGACCGUGCAUUUAUGAGGCUCUACAAUGGAGGAACCAAAAGCUCUACCAAACGGUCAUUCUGAUUCCCAUGCCGAGGAUAAACCUGAUAAAAAGGAAAUAGACGAAGUUGAACCCACGAUGAAGGAUGAUAAGAAAACUGAUCCCAAGAAAACAAAAUCAGACUCGGACGAAGCUUCUAACUCACCUACUAAGAGCAAGAAUAACGAAUUAGAAAAAGCAUCGAAGAAUCAGAGUUUCGAAAAUGCAUUGAAGCAAAUCGAAAAAAGCGCCAUUAAAAAGAAAAUACCACAGAAAAUAGUGAAAAGAUCGCCGAGAAUCAGCCGGAACAAAGAGCCACCUGAAAAGAGUGACGAACCGAAAUCAGAAGAUAAAGGGGAGAAGAAAAGUGAUGAUAAACCAUCGGAGAAUGCGUCAAACGAAGAGGAAAAAGGUAGCAAAGAAGCGGAUGAAGCGAAAAAAGAGGUAAAUGAGGUGUCAAAAGUAUCGACGAGUAAAAAAGAGACGAAAAAAGAGGAUGCAAUUGAUGAUGUGAAGAAAUCAAAAGCAAAAAGUAAAGAUAGUAAGGAACAAAUAAAGUCUACCGGGGACCCUGAUGCUGAUUUCCUUGGAUUUGAGGAUCCGAAAAAAACGAAUUACAGUUCCAACAGGGAUAAAUUGAAGAAAAUGAUAGAUGAGCUUACAUCAAGCACACCAGGAAGCUCUAGGAGUAGGAGAUCUACUGCUGUUAGAAGUGACAGUGUUAAAAGUGACAAUGCUAAGCAAGUUGAAGCUGAAACACCGAAAGCCACUACUUCAGCAAGUAGUGCGGCUGUCAAAACAGAACCCGAGCCCGAGGCUGCAGAACAUCAAUCAGACUGGUUUGACAGACAAAUGAGGGGAAGCCUUCUGUCUCAGUCUAGCUAUUAUGGUGGCUGUGGCGACGAUGACUAUCAAGAAGGCAGUGGUGUCUCAAAUGCAAUGCUCAUACCUGAGGUGGUCUACAAUACUGGUGGUGGUGGUGGUGUUACUGGUAUAUCACACUCAUCGGUUGCAGAGGAAUCACGGUCGAGACGAACCGCGAGGCCAUCCUUAGCCGCUCAAAGUGAAAGAAAACCAUCGCCAACUGUCAAACGGAACUUUGAUGUUACACUACCUCAGUACUUGAAGCCCUUCGAAUAUGGUUGGAAGAGAGAGUUAGCUUAUCGUAAUAACACUGAAACUGUUAGUAAGAGAAUGGCUGAUGUGUUCUACUAUACUCCAUUGGGAAAGAAAAUCCGGUCCAUUGGAGCGGUUAGUGACUAUUUAUUGGGUACAGAUCUGACGCUUGAAAACUUCACAUUUGUGACAAAAUCGAUGAAUCUGAACGAUCCAAAUAAAGAAACCAUUAGAGAUCCCAGGACUAAUAAGGGAGAAAGGCCGCCACCGGUAAUUCCCCCACCGACUCCUGUAACAACGAGGAAAUCUUCGUUGCUGAGCAAAGCGAAUGCGGCUGAGUCAGCAGAAAAUGCCGAAGAAUCACCGAAGACAAGCUCUCUAUCGACACCGAAAAUAUCGCUGAAAAGCUUUAGACCGUCUCCGAAAAUCAAGGGCGGCAAAACGCCUGUUCCAGAGAAGAAAGCUAAGAAAGGUAGCAGUGACGACAGUGAUAACGAUAAGGAUGAAUUGGAAAUGGGAAUGCUGCCCCCCUUGUGGCACGAAUCCAUUCGUCCAGAUUGGUCAGCCAAUGGCAGUACUACGUUGAACACAAAGAGCGGUGGCGGGGGUGGAGGAGGAGGAGAAGAAGGAGUAGACAAAGUGGAAGUGUGCAGCAUUCGAUGUCCGCGCAUGCGCGGUCAAGUGCCCACUCUCGCCUGUGUCACCUGUCUCUGUCUGUACCAUCCUGAGUGCGUCAAUGUGAGAAGGACCAUCAACAACUAUGUGUGCAAGAAUUGCCAAGACACCAACAAACCAACGAAAAUGCCCGGCCCCCCUCCCAUCCACAGCUCCCCCCCACCCUUGGUACCAAUCAACUCCUCCCAACCCGACCUCAGCCAAUCAGAGGCCUCCUCGGCCCCAGCCACGCCCCAACUUCAACGGCUAUUGGACGGCAAAUCCGUCGCCAAACCACAACCGAAAAUAGUGGGCGGAGUCACAACAUGGCUGCCGCCCUCCUCUAUGAUACAGCUGACCACUAAAAGUACUACGACAAAGAGUAUUUCGAAUAGUUCGCAAGUGGCCACCGUGGAGAGUUCGACACCUAGCAACGCGCAGACUCUGUGGCAGAUGAACGGGAAGCGGUUCCUGUAUGUGCCCAAGCACAACGUGUUGUCGGUGUCACAGGCUGACACACAGAAGCAACAGGUGGCACAGACACAGAGUGGGAACCUGGUGUCGACGGGGUGUGUCUCUGUGCCGUCACUCAUUCAGAACUCGAUGCAGUCCUCGUUUCUGGCGUCACCCGCCGUGAGCCACGCACUGAUUGUGUCCGACACAGCCAACCCCUCCCCCACCUCGGGAGUGCUCCUUGUCCCUUGCAUCACUGCCUCCUCCUCCUCCACCUCCUCCUCCUCCGCCCCGAACGAGAGGAUUCUGCUGGUGAAUGGAGGCGGGGGUCUGCCUGCCGGCAACUUCCUCAUCAGCAACUUGAACGCCCAACAACCGCCACAACAGCAACCGCAAACGCAACCGCAAGCGCCCGCUAAUCAACCGGAGAAGAUCGGCGGCAAACGUCCGUUGGAAGCGGACAAACCGGAGACGGAAGCGGCCACCGCAGGCGAUUCGUCGCAGCCGGUUGCGAAACGCAUCAAAACGGAACCCGACGAAGAGCCAGCUGAUGCUGCUGAACCGGUUGCUAGUCCGACCGUUCCGACUGCCAGUCCGACCGUACCAGCUGAUCCGACUCCGGACAAGAUGGCGCCAGAGUCGAGCCGGUCCGUGCCGGAUACCUUGCCUAUAAGCCGGCCCGUGCCGAUUGCAUCGUCGUCUGUGUCGGUGAACAAGGACUUUUUCAUGAACAAUGUGUCGGCCAUCUACCACGCUCUGCUCAACUCGUUCCAGUACCUCAAAGUGCAGGAGCUGCUGAGGGCCGCCCGUGUCUGCCACAUGUGGCGUGAUGUCGCCAUGAAUAGGUCACUGUGGCACGUUGUGCGCCUGAAGAACUCUCGCGUGCGCGACUGGGAGGGGCUGGGCGCGGCGCUACGGCAGACGGGCGCACGCCACCUGGACCUGCGCAAGAUGCUGAUGCCACCAGCUGACGGAGGUGAAGGUGGUAGUGGUGGGGGUGAUGCGGUGGCCGACAUGUGGCAGCGCUACGCCUCCGCCAUCGACCGAGUCACCAGUCUGGCGCGCAUCGACCUGUGUCGCUGCCCGGCCACUGCUGUACAGCGCUCGGCCUCCGCCAACCACCGCCUCCAGUAUCUGUCGGCGUUGGCUAUCAAGUCUAGCUCUCUAGACGCAUCAGCGUUUGAAAAUUGUAGAAACAUGACUGAACUUCGGCUGAAGAGCUCGGAAAAGAAUGGACUCGUUUUGGAAAAUCUUUCUGCAUUGAAACACCUCACGAAAAUGAAACAUUUGUCGUUGACAACGAUGAAAUCGUUCUCGGAGGGACUGGCGGAGGCGCUGGAGAACAUGAAGGACCUGGAGACGCUGGAGCUGGGCGAGUGUAGCGAGCUGACGAGCAGCGUGGCCACCCGAGCGCUGCCCAAGCUGAAGCGGCUGCAGCGGUUGCGACUGGAGAAGGGCCAGGGCGCCGCCUGUCCCACGCUCGCCAUCUUGGAAAGCGUCAAGGAUCUCAAGAGCCUCGUGCAGCUCGAACUCAUCAACUUCGACAUUAAGGCCGGCUUCGACACCACCAUCGCCAAGUGCUCCAACCUCAGAACGCUGCUCAUCAUUCCUACCUACGUUACGCAGUCAGCAACAACCAACCACCUAGUGAUGGAGGGAGUGAGCAAGCUGUCGAAAACUCUGACCCUGUUCGUAUGGGGCAUCACCCUGGAACUACUGCGGGUCACUGACCUCUUCAUCGACCAAUGGGAAGGCCAGAAAGGAGCCGCCAAGUCGGCCAAUCAGAAGAAGGGAGCCGGCGACAGUAUUCCCAUCCUGAAGCCGAUCACUGAAACCAGCAGCUACACAGGAGCUCCGUCACAGGUCGACAUUCUCCAGCUGCCCAAACUGCAUAAAGUGUUGACCUCUCUGCUGAAAACCACUAAGGUCAAAAUACUCAAAGUUCCCUUUUCUGCCACCUGGCGGCAGACUGUUUCGGGUCCCGCCCAUAUACACUAAACACAGUACAAUACCACCCGGUUGGAUACAGUACAAUGUACUUAUUCUUCAAAUAAAAGAGGGAAUUGCGAAACUAUGAAAGUUAGUAAACACAGAACCAGUGAAGUUUUCCUUUGAAAAUUUCGGGAUGCCUCUUCUUCGAGAUUUGGCUGACUUCAACAAUGGCUUGUCGAAGGAACUGUGAGACUAUGAAGUUUUACAGUUCAACAGUUGAAUUUUCCUAUGAAAAUUUCGGGAUGCCUUUUUGAGAGAAUUGGUUGACUUCGAGCAAUGGCUUGUCGAAAAAACUGUGACUAAGUUCAACAGUGUAGUUUUCCUAAGAACAUUUUACAAUGCCUUGUCAAAGGAAUAGUAUGGAAGUUAUUGAAUACAGUACAACAUUUUUUCCCUACGAAAAUUUUGGGUUGCCUUUUCGAGAGAAUUGGGUGACUUUGGCGUUAUUAAACACAUUACAACAUGGCAGUUUUCCCUGUGAACCUUCUACAAUGCCUUGUCAAAGGAAUAGGGAGACUAUGAAGUAAAUUGAACACAGUACAACAAUGUAUUUUUCUUUCGAGUGAAAUUAUUAAACACAGUAGUACAACAAUUUAGUUUUCAUUUGAACCAUUUGGAAUGCCUUGUUGAAGGAAUCUACAGACUCUAAAAUUCAUUAAAUAAUACUGUUUUGAUUCGGUGAAUUGAAAAACUUUGAAAGUUAUUUAAAAAAACAUAUAUUUUCAUGUAGUGGAGCUAUAUUUAUAUUAUUUCGUUAGAGUUGAUGUACAAUUGAAAUAAACAAUCGAAGGUUUUUUGUACAUUAAAUCACCAAUAUAGUAUAAAUAUCUCUAUCAGGAUCUCAAUCAUUAUAUCUUGGUAAUUUCGAAACUGUUUCACAGUGAAAUCCCUGAUAUCACGUAUCUCAAGAAGGAGUCGAUGUACUGAAUUGUUUUAAAUAUUUGGUUUUCUUGAUAUCUGAUUAUCUUUUAUAUUAUCUACUUCAUUUGUCGUAUGACUGCUGUUGGUGGAGAUCCGAAAGGUGUUCCUCUUCACCCAAAUCCAAUUUUAAUUAAACAUAUAAUAUUUGAAUACUAUAUUUCAAAUAGAAAAUAUAUGUGCAGCUGGACAGCGUCUGACAGUGAAACACUGACAAGCAUUUUAUUUCAUUUGUAUAGAUCUAUGCUUAUCUAGAGUUUGCACGUCCUACUUUCAACUGUUACUUUUUUAGAAGAGUUAUUAAUUUUGCUUAAAACCUUCCCCGGAUUAAGGUGCGAACAGAUCGAGUAAGUCGCGGUGAAGAUCGAUGCCACUAAACAUCUGUGCUAUGAUAAAAACAUUUGGAGUUAUUGAUAGGAUAUAGAUAUAGAAGAACGCUAGCGAGCUGAAAUCCUCAUAUCGACCUGGCCGUUAGUACUUUCAGGCAAUAUACAAACUGAUUCAAAAUUUAUUGUUCAAUCCACUAAAAUUUCGAUUGUGCAUCAACUAAUAAUAUUGUUAAGUAAAAAAAUAUCACCUAUUAUUGUAUGAAAGUUUCCAUAGUAGUUGCCAAGUAGUUGAAAAGUUAUAAAAAAUCAAUUUCUUGCCAAUUUGUUUUUAAAUUGAAAUUUUCGAAUGGUAUAACUCCAUUCAACUUUGUUUUAUUUUAUCAAUAGAAUAUUGAACCUUAACCCUGUAUAAGUAACUCUCAAGUAUCCAUUGUACAUUAAUUAUUGUAUUAUUAAAAUUGGACAAACAUUUGGAUUGCUUCCAAUAAUUUAGUAAAACAUUUGUAUGAAUUCAUUUAUUUUUUUCACAUUUUUUCUAUUCAAAUAAGAUAUUCUCAUCCGUCGGUUGAAAACUACAUGUUAGCUAGCUAUGAGUUUUUCUCAUGAGCCAAAGUAGUGACAUUGAAAAAAAUUAUUGAAAAAUAUGUAAUUAAUCGAUAUGCAUUGCUAAUAUAAUAUGAUUCAAAAGUGGUAAAAUCGCUUCCUGGUGGUUCGGAACCCGCAUAACUGUAGGUCUAUUCAUCUCUUAUUAUCAUCCGCCUCAUUACCCACGCACAAGCCUAGAGCUCAUGUGGGCAUCACCCUCAGCAAAAAAAUAUUUUUUCAUAUUCUGAUUUUUUUUACAUAGUUUAUUUUGUUUACUUUCGUGUUGAAUUGGACAAAGAUUAGUUGAAAACAAGCCAAAUUCCUGUUCCGACAAUUUUGAAAGAAGAUUCAGAUUUCCUUAUUUUACGGCAGUAAAAUAGAAAAUCAGCUCAUUACUUUUGGUGAUGAUUCAAGAUUUGAAAAUUAUGGUGAAUCUUCUAUUUUAGGUGGGUUCCGAACCGAGAUAAUAAGUAAUAUCUGCUUGAUUACCAAUUGAAGACAGCCAUACGUGAAUGAAAACAAUGACUUCCAAAGUGUUAUUAAACUCAAAUUUAACUUGGGUUAAAUAACUGAAACUAGUAAAUUUACGGGUUUUUCUCUAAAUAGUAACAUUUUUAUAUUGAUCAAUUUGAAAUUCAAUUGAAUAUACAUUCUUCGGAUGUGUAUUGUUUUGUAUUUAUUCAAAUAAAUGGGUGUUGUGGUUAACCCAUUUAAAGUAUCCUUAUGAGUAUAAGCGUUACCUUGAAAUACACAGCAAAUAGAUUUUUAUGGUUCAGAAUUACAAAAAUACUUGUAGACUGUACUGUUGAAAAUAUUGUGCUUGAUGCUUCUAAUUAAUUAUUCACUAUUUACAAAAUAACAUUAUUUUUCUCAAUGACCUGAUGUAAACACAGUUGCUUCUGAUUACCAAGUGCUAGAAAUCCUCAUCGUCUAUAUAUUUCUGCUUUACCUGAACCAUAAGCUACUUUAGCUACUAGAACCAUUACUUGAAGUUUAUCCAUUAUAUUUUCAACACAAUUUUUCACUGAGAUCAAUCAAUAAUUCCUUGUGUAUAUAUAUAAAUUAAUGUCGUCAUUUUAUGAAAAUAGUAGGAUGUAUAUUUUUAUGCUAGUAUAAACCUUUCACUUUCAGUGUAUCAUCAAAUUAAAUGUUUUGAAAUGAAUGAUAAUUUAUGUUUGUUUUCCGUGACAAUGAACUUUACAGUGUUUGAUUAAAUUAGUUUAUUUCUAGUAAUUAUAUCUUUUGUCGAUAUAGUAUUAGUUCUAUGGUCGAGUCGUUGUAAUAAGCAAUUCAUAAUUUUUAAGGAGUUGAGGUUUCUGAUCAGUGCUGUGGGAAUAGAAACAGAGGAGAGAAAAAUGUAUUAUUUCUGUGGUACACAAAAAGAAACAUUCUAGUUUUAUUUCGAAGAAAUUAUGUUCAUUUUGUUAUUCAAUAAAUUUAUUCCGGCGAUAAAUAGUUUACCAAUUCAAUAAUCUUAGUGUAAAACUUUAGUAAUAUGUUUGAUUUCUACUCUCAGUGUAUGUCUUGAAGAAUUCUGGAAUGAAUUUUAUUGCUUCCAUAUUGGAGGUUUUCUUUUUUAAUUCACAGGUGAUUUAUUACAUUAUAUAUAUGUAGCCAUGUACAUAAAUUAUGUAUUACAAAGUA